AUGAUUGAGACGAGGCUGCUGCUGCGGUGCGACGACCAUAAGCAGUGCCUCGCUUGCGGUUACAAGAAACGCGCGUCGAAUCUGGUUGCCGCCACUGGGAACUACAAUGCCUCAAUUCCCACUGAAUUCUCUCGGUAUCCAGCCAAUUUCUCCUUGCCGGCAUACACAGAUAUCCAACGAACCAGCGGUUGUCGUGCGACAAUCUUGUCGCUCUCCGCGUUCGUGGUGUUUGACUUUGUAAUGAUGUGCACUGGCCAUUUGCGCAUGGUGUUCGUGGUGGGCAUUGUCGACGCAACACCUCUUGAACCUGGUUCGAACGCAAACCAAACCUCCCGAUCGCGUUCAGAGGAUUUGACCAACAUGCCCUCUUCAGAAUGGUCUCGUCAAUCGACUGCCAGUGCACCCAUCAUGCAGAUCAUAUUCUUCCGAGACGGGCUUUUCGAAUAUGCGAAGAAGAAAUCGAGGAUAUCACAGGGGCGAUCUACGAUAUCUGGCGGAACAAAUUGUUGGCACGAGAUUCGAGCAGCGCGAAAGGGGGAUCGUGAAGGUGUAGAAGUGGAUGAUGAUUGA